AUGCACACCCUCAAGGCAGUAGCCUCAUCGACUCUGUCCCUACCGGCGGAUAAUUACAUCUACUCAAUCGUCGCAUCGGCACCGGGGACCUUUGCCGCGAUCUCAUCCGAUGAUUCGCUGCGCGUGUUUGACGCCUCUGAUCUCGACCGUGGAUCUGUGGUCUCGCGCACUGCGCACGAUGGCGGUAUUACCUCGCUGCAGAGCUUCACUAUGGGCGAGGCCCAUCUCCUCGCUACAGGUGGUCGUGAUGGGAAGGUGAAGAUUUGGGAUGCUCGCUCCGGGAACGGGAGUCCGGUUGUGGAGAUGGAGACAGCGAAAAGCUCGCCUGUUCUGUCUGUGGCUUGCAACCCGGAGACAAACACCGUGGUAGCGGGGACUGAGCUUGUUUCCUCACAGGCUGUUGUUGCAUUCUGGGAUAUCAGAACGCCCAAGGAAUUCCGUUUACAAUAUGUGGAAAGCCACAACGAUGAUAUCACCGAGCUCCAAUAUCACCCGACGCGCAGCAACAUUUUACUCUCCGGCAGCACGGAUGGACUCGUGAACAUCUACGAUACGACAGUAACGGACGAAGACGAAGCCCUGGUGCAAGUGAUCAAUCACGGUUCCGUACAUCAUGCUGGGUUCCUGUCGGAUCGCACAAUCUUUGCUCUCAGUCACGACGAGCACUUCUCCGUGUACCCAGCAACAGACCCGGACGACACCGCCCAAGAACCCGAGCCCGUGCAUUUCGGUGACGUGCGCGACCCGCUGGGCUGCGAGUAUGUUGCGCAACUCUGCGUUGGAGCGCAGGGGCAGUACAUCGCGGCUGGAAACAAGAUUGACAACCGUCUCGAUCUUGUCCCACUCGCUUCCAGUCCAUCGUGGACGCUGGACCGGGAUAAUUUGUGGCGAUUGACUCGUGCUCAUUGCGAGGAGGUUGUGCGCUCGGUGUAUUUGGAUGAACGGAGUCAAUCUGUCUUCACCUGUGGCGAAGAUGGAUUCGUGCGAGCAUGGAAGCCUGCUGAGCAAAGUGAUGCACCUAUCCAGUCCGGAUCGUCCAAGCCUCGAUCAAAGGACAAGAAGAAGGAUAGGUUCAAGCCUUACUAA